GGCCAAAAUAUUUAAUUAUUUUAAACUGUUUUUAAAUUUUGUAUGUUCUGUUUUUUACUUUGGCUGUUCACCGCCCUGAGUCCUGUUUGGAGAAGGGCGGUAUAGAAAUGGAAACAAAUAAAUAAAUAAAUAAAUAAAUAAAUAAAUAAAUAAAUAAAUAAAUCCUUGCUGUUAUGUGGAUCUAGGGUCCCACCCUGUCUCUAUCCAUUCAUCCAUCACCUUGGUGCCUCUGCUGGGCGUUCCAGUAAGCAGCUUACAUCAUUUUUCCCGCCCGGUUCACCAUGUCUCUCAAGACCUUCUUGCUCAGUAAACAAAUUAUAUUACAAUGGCCUGUCUAUUUUUAUGAUGCACUAAAGUCUAAAACAAUGUUCAAGUCUCAAUUUUUGAUCCAAAAUCUCCAUCUUUAAUCUAUUUGUAAUGCCAUGCAGUAAUUAAUACACUGUGCUGAAUAGGGUUUCUGACGAACAUCUUACAAAUGUGUAAUUACACAUGCAUAUGACAUGCAUGUUGGCAUGUCCACCCUGUAAACAGCAUCAGGAAAUUGUUAUUGCGUGAAAUGACUUUAGGCAGGGAGAAAGGCUGCACCUCUCCCCACCCACCAUCAAACACAGUCACUGGGGAAAGAGAACUGCAGACGAGGACCUUCCUGGAGAAGACGACGACAUGCCUUCCUUCAGAUACAGACCAAAUGGCCGGACGAGGACCAACUGCAGCCAGUGUGAGAAAAACCUAACACUACAGACAUCUGUGAAAGUGUUGUAUGUCUUUGUUGUCUUGCUGGUAAUGGCAGUGGUGGUGCUGGCAGCUUUAGUUUUCAAGAAAGUGGGAUCAAUAGCUGAUAAAUUUAACUCAACUCAGACAUACUAUGAAAAGACGAUUGUGUCAGUCCAAGAAAAUCUUCAGGAACUAGAUCAGAAAUCAAUGGACAACUGCUCCUUGUGUCAUGACACAGGGCAACUUGGACAGGAAAUUAGCAAAUUGCAAAAGGAGUUGGAGGAGAUUCAGAAGAAGCUCUUGGCCCAGGAUGUAUUACUUGAUCGAGCUGGACAAGCCCACCAGCAGCUUUCAUCUUCCAGCAGCAAGAUCACUGAUGAUGUGGAUAGAUGUUUCUUUGCUGUUCAGCAGGUCAACCAGAGUUUGAGCCUCUUUCUGGCCCAAGUGAUGGGCUGGCAGGCUGCUACUUCUCAGCUAGGCAGCUCACUCAAGGAGCUAACACAAGAACACUUUGAUGUUGAAACUGCUUUGCUGCAAAUAAACUUUACCAAUAGGCAGACCUCAGACUGGGUCCAGAUCAUCCAAAGAAAGACAAAUGAGGAGACCCUGACACUACAGAAGAUUGUGACUGAGUGGCAGAACUACACCCGGCUGUUUGGCAGCGUGAAGGCCACCUCUUCCAAAACAGCUGAUCUGGUCAAGAAUAUUCAAACUAAUUUAGCUAUUGCCUCGCAAAGGAUCAGCCAGAAUUCAGAGAGUAUGCAUGACCUCAUACUCCAAGUAACAAGUUUACAGUUGCAGCUGGACAACAUCUCCUCUUUCUUGGAUGACCAUGAGGAGAACAUGCAUGACUUUCAAUACCAUACCCAAUACAUGCAAAAUCGGACAGCUGAGCAUUUUCAGACCUUAGAAGGCCGUAUGACAUCCCAUGAGAUUGAGAUCAGCACAAUCUUUACCAACAUCAAUGCCACUGAUAGCCAUGUCCACAGCAUGCUCAAGUACCUGGAUGAUGUGCGACUCUCUUGCACACUGGGCUUCCACACACAUGCUGAAGAGCUUUACUACCUGAACAGAUCGGUCAGCCUCAUGAUAAGCCUCACAGAUGCUCUGCGGGAGCGUUUUAGCCUGCUCAAUGCCCAGUUAAACUUCAACAUUCGCAACCUUUCCAUGGUCAUGGAAGAGAUGAAAGCUGUUGACAUCCGACAUGGGGAGAUCCUGAAGAACAUCACCAUCAUACAAGGUGUUCCUGGCCCUCCUGGCCCCAGAGGAUUCAGAGGAGAGCUUGGCAUUAAAGGGCCACCUGGAACCAGAGGAGUAAAGGGUGACAUGGGGAACCUGGGCCCUCCUGGGCCACAAGGGUCCUUGGGCCCUCCUGGACCUUCUGGACCUCAAGGCGAGAGAGGCGCUGUGGGCGCAAAAGGCCCCACUGGAUUCAAAGGAAGCAAGGGUAGCUUUGGACAAGGGGGUUCCAAGGGGCGGGCGGGCCCCAAAGGGGACCCUGGAUCUCCAGGUCCUGAGGGGGCCAUUGGUCCACCUGGCCCACCUGGUGCACCUGGGAAACCGGGCAACCCAGGCAAACCCGGGGUCCCUGGUCCUUUAGGAAUGAUGGGCCGAAAGGGGGAUCCUGGGUUACGAGGUCCACGUGGAUUUCCAGGGCCCCCAGGACCUCCAGGAAUGUAAAUUCUCCCUCCCCCCCCCAAAGUUUUAAUGUGGACAAUUGAAACAAAAAAAGCUCUUCGCUGAAGACACCUAUCUCCCCAGGAAGGCAUCAAGCUAAUGGGGAAUGGAUGGUGUCAUUUAUUCUGCACUGUCAAAUUCCAUUUCCAGCAGCUUUAGGGGUAAGCUUGAAAAAUUGCUUCAAGUCACUGAAUUUCCUUAAUUUUGGGAACUUCAAACGCAAAGAAUUGCCGCUGCUAAGUAAGUAGGAGGAGCAAUCACUGGUAAUUAGAAUACAUGGUUUGCAUGUAAAUGAUCCUAAAUUCAGUCUCUAACACCCCCAUAGAGGGCUGAACCUCUGGAGAGACAUUAACACUUAACAUAGCCCAGAGUCACUUGGUUCAGUGGGUGGCUAUAGAAAUUGAAUAAAUAAAUAAAUAAAAAUUAGCCAUGCUAAAGGAAGAAAUGGGCUGACUCAAGCAAUAGCAACUCCCUAUCUUCAUGUUGCACAGUUGCCAUGCUUUUUGUAUAUAUGGGUGUGUGCAUGUGCAUGUGUGUUCAUAUGAGAUACUGGCUCAUAUGCUUGUGCAUUCAUUCCACAGUGCAACUAGAUUGUGUCACUUCAUCUGUACCUCUCUUACAUAUGUAUGGUAUAACCGCUACACAUAUACAUCCAAAACAAUAAAAAAAAAUUAAUGUCAA